CAUUCUGAAAGGUUCCUUCUGAAAAACUAAGGAAAGGUACAAAAGACCAAGAUGUGGUUUGUGAUGUUAAGCUGCAACCUUGUAUGUGUGUUCAUCUUUGUGUUUCUGGCUUUGAAUUGCUUUCUAGAUUUUGGAUCCAACGCUCAACUCAUACCCCAAGAUGAAGUGAAAGUACUACAAACAAUAUCAGACAAGGUAAAGAACUUGAACUGGAGAGUUACUGAACGUUCAUGCAGUGGAGAUAGAGGAUUCGAUAACAGGAAUAUUUUAGAUAAUCAAAUCAAUAGAAAUGUCACGUGCGAUUGUUCUUUCAACUCUAGCACCAUUUGCCAUGUGACUUUAAUUGCGCUCAGGGGUCUCAGUAUAUCUGGAGUUAUACCUGAUGAAUUUGGAAAUCUCACUCAUCUAAUAACACUUGAUCUCACUAGGAAUUACCUCAAUGGCUCAAUUCCAAAGAGUCUUGGACGACUCUCGCUUGUCACUCUGUCACUUUUGGGAAAUCAACUUAGUGGUCCAAUUCCAUCAGAAAUUGGUGAUAUUGCUAGUCUGCAAGAACUGAACUUAGAAGAUAAUCAACUUGAAGGACCUCUUCCUCUCAGCCUUGGAAAAUUGAGCAACUUGCAGAGAUUACUUCUUUCUGCAAAUAAUUUCACAGGGACAAUACCAGAAGAAUUUGGUAAUCUAAAGAAUCUUGCUCAAUUUAGGAUAGAUGGGAGCAGUUUAUCUGGGAAGAUACCCAAUUUUAUUGUGAACUGGACCAAACUUGAAAGAUUGGAUUUGCAGGGCACAUCCUUGGAAGGUCCAAUUCCUCCUGCUGUAUCUAGCUUGAAAAAUUUGAAAGAAUUGAGAAUAUCUGAUUUGAAGGGACCAACUAUGACAUUUCCUGAUCUGAAGGAUUUGAAACGCAUGGAAAGACUGGCAUUGAGGAAUUGCUUAAUCACUGGACCUAUUCCAGGCAACAUUGGGGAAAUGCAAGGUUUAAAAAUGCUAGAUUUGAGCUUCAACAGGUUGACUGGUCCAAUCCCAGAUUCAUUUCAAGGGUUGCAAUCAACAAUAAAUUUCAUGUUUCUGACUAACAAUUCACUGAGUGGACAAAUUCCAGGAUGGAUACUAAACAGCAAACAGAACAUUGAUUUAUCUUACAACAAUUUUACACAAUCUACAGCAUCUGAUUGCCAGCUCUUGGAUGUGAACUUAGUUUCCAGUCACUCUCCCUCAGCAAGCACUUCAGUUUCUUGUUUGAAGAUGAACCUACCUUGCUCAGAAAAACCCCAGUAUCAUUCACUGUUCGUAAAUUGUGGAGGACCUGCAGUUGAGUUUGAGGGCGAUGAAUAUGAAGCUGACCAGAAUUUACUUGGAAUUUCAGACUUUGUUUCUAGUAAUAAUGGCCAAUGGGCUUAUAGCAGCACUGGAGUAUUUGAAGGAAAUGGCAAUGUUAGUCAUUUAGCAACAAAUCAGUUUCCUUUGAAUAUUAGUGGCCCUGGAUACUUGCAAACAGCCCGCACUGCCCCUCUUUCUCUUAAUUACUAUGGACUUUGUAUGCUGAAGGGAAAUUACAAUGUGAAGCUUCAUUUUGCUGAGAUAAUGUUUUCUAAUGACCAGACUUUUAGUAGCCUUGGAAGGCGCAUAUUUGAUGUUUCAAUCCAAGGUUUUAAAUAUUUGAAAGAUUUUAACAUUGUGAAAGAAGCUGGUGGAGCUGGUAAGGAAAAAAUUCUGGAUUUUAAUGUUGACGUGAAUGAUAGCACCUUGGAGAUCCACUUAUCCUGGGCAGGGAAAGGAACUAAUGCCAUUCCUGUGAGAGGUGUAUAUGGACCUCUUAUAUCUGCUAUCACCGUGACCCCAAACUUUAAAAUUCCUUCAAAGGGACUGUCUACUGGAGCCAUUGUUGGAAUUGUUGUUGCAUCAUGCGUGCUUGUCCUACUAAUACUCUUUUCCCUUUGGAAGAUGGGUUUCCUAGGAGGGAAAAAUUCAACAGACAAAGAACUUCUAGAGCUGAAAACGGGCUAUUUCAGUUUAAGACAAAUUAAAGCUGCUACCAAUAACUUUGACCCAGAAAAUAAGAUAGGUGAAGGAGGCUUUGGGCCAGUAUACAAGGGUGUACUGUCAGAUGGUGUUGUGAUUGCUGUCAAGCAGCUCUCCUCCAAAUCAAAACAAGGAAAUCGUGAAUUCGUUAAUGAAAUAGGCAUGAUAUCUGCUUUGCAACAUCCAAAUCUUGUGAAGCUUUAUGGCUGUUGCAUUGAAGGAAACCAGUUGCUGCUAAUAUAUGAAUACAUGGAGAACAAUAGUCUUGCUCGUGCACUUUUUGGUAAACAAGAUCAAAGGAUGCAUUUGGACUGGCCCACAAGAAUGAAAAUAUGUGUAGGGAUAGCAAAGGGAUUAGCUUAUCUUCAUGAGGAAUCAAGGUUGAAAAUAGUACAUAGGGAUAUUAAGGCAACCAAUGUCUUACUUGAUAAGCAUCUGAAUGCCAAGAUCUCAGAUUUUGGUUUAGCCAAGCUUGAUGAAGAAGAGAAUACACAUAUCAGCACUCGAAUAGCUGGGACAAUUGGUUACAUGGCUCCUGAGUAUGCUAUGCGGGGUUACUUGACUGACAAAGCAGAUGUCUAUAGCUUCGGAGUUGUAGCUUUAGAGAUUGUUAGUGGAAAAAGCAACACAAAUUACAGGCCAAAGGAGGAGUUUGUUUAUCUUCUAGAUUGGGCUUAUGUUCUCCAAGAGCAAGGAAACCUUUUGGAAUUAGUGGAUCCAAGUCUUGAUUCAGGCUACCCCCAAGAAGAGGCCAUGAGAAUGCUGCAGUUGGCACUCUUGUGCACCAAUCCAUCUCCCACUCUAAGACCACCCAUGUCAUCUGUAGUAAGCAUGCUUGAAGGAAAAACUCCAAUUCAAGCACCAAUAAUCAAACGCAGUGACAAUACACAAGAUGCAAGAUUUAAAGCCUUUGAGAUGCUAUCACAAGACAGCCAAACUCUUGUUUCUUCUGUAUCCACACAAGAUAGCAUAGAGCAAAGAAGUAAAUCAGUCAAUGGGCCAUGGGUUGACUCCUCCAUAUCUCUUCCAAGUGGAGAACAUUAUUCUUCAUCCGAUAAUCUUCUUCGAGGUUCAAAUGAGGUGUAAUUUGUAAUUUAGGGAGGUGAACUCAAGUUAGCUUCAAAUCCUUUUGCUAAGGAUAUUAACAAUAACAAUUCAACAUAAUAAUAGUAUACGUGUAAAAAUAUGGAGUGUGGAAGUCAAGCAUUAGGUUUCAAUGUGUACAGAAGAAUUUGCAUUGCUAUGU